AUGAUACAUCCAUUUCAACAGGCAUAUGUUGAUUCAAGUGUUAUCAUGGGGCAAACUGACUUAUAUCAGCAGGAUGUUCAGAAGUAUGGAAAUAUUGAAUACAUGCGAUGCAGUCCUGAAAAUGGAUUUUUCCCUGAUCUUUCCAAGGUCCCUCGGACAGAUAUCAUAUUCUUUUGUUCACCCAACAAUCCUACUGGUGCUGCUGCAUCUAGGGACCAGCUAACACAGUUGGUCAAAUUCGCAAAGGACAAUGGGUCCAUAAUAGUCUAUGAUUCUGCUUAUGCCAUGUACAUAUCAGAUGACAGCCCAAAAUCCAUCCUUGAAAUUCCUGGGGCAAAGGAGGUUGCCCUCGAGACAGCAUCUUUCUCUAAAUAUGCUGGGUUCACUGGUGUCCGACUGGGUUGGACUGUGGUCCCUAAGGAGCUCCUUUUCUCCGAUGGGCAUCCAGUCGCUAAAGAUUUCAACCGCAUAGUCUGCACUUCCUUCAAUGGCGCAUCGACCAUCUCUCAGGCCGGUGGUUUAGGCUGCCUCUCUCCAGAGGGUCUAAAGGCUAUGCAAGACGUUGUCGGAUUCUACAAGGAGAACACAAAAAUCAUUGUCGACACGUUUGAGUCGCUCGGAUUCAACGUCUACGGUGCCAAGAAUGCCCCCUAUGUGUGGGUGCACUUCCCUGGCCGCAAUUCCUGGGAUGUCUUUGCCGAGAUCCUUGAGAAGGCAAACGUGGUCACUACUCCCGGCAGUGGAUUUGGGCCCGGCGGUGAGGGCUUUGUGAGGGUCAGUGCAUUUGGCCACAGAGAGAACAUUAUCGAAGCUGCGAGAAGACUGAAGCAGCUAUACAAAUGA